GCAGGUGACAGCACGGACAUGUCUCGGGAGCUUCAGGACGUGGACCUGGCCGAGGUGAAGCCUCUGGUGGAGAAAGGGGAGACCAUCACUGGCCUCCUGCACGAGUUUGAUGUCCAGGAGCAGGACAUCGAGACAUUACAUGGCUCCCUGCACGUCACCCUGUGUGGGUCCCCCAAGGGAAACCGGCCUGUCAUCCUCACAUACCAUGACAUCGGCAUGAACCACAAAACCUGCUACAACCCCCUCUUCAACUCCGAGGACAUGCAGGAGAUCACCCAGCACUUUGCCGUGUGCCACGUGGACGCCCCGGGCCAGCAGGAUGGUGCUCCGUCCUUCCCAGCAGGGUACAUGUACCCCUCCAUGGAUCAGCUGGCUGAGAUGCUUCCCGGAGUCCUCCGCCAGUUUGGGCUGAAAAGCAUCAUGGGCAUGGGCACGGGCGCCGGCGCCUACAUCCUCAGCCGCUUUGCUCUGAACAACCCUGACAUGGUGGAGGGCCUCGUCCUCAUCAAUGUGAACCCUUGUGCAGAAGGCUGGAUGGACUGGGCUGCUUCCAAGAUCUCUGGAUGGACCCAGGCCCUGCCGGACAUGGUGGUGUCGCAUCUCUUCGGGAAGGAGGAGAUGCAGAAUAACAUGGAGGUGGUGCACACCUACCGCCAGCACAUCCUCAACGACAUGAACCCGGGCAACCUGCACCUGUUCAUCAAUGCUUACAACAGCCGCCGGGACCUGGAGAUCGAGCGGCCCAUGCCUGGAGCCCACACCGUGACACUGCAGUGCCCUGCUCUGCUGGUGGUCGGGGACAGCUCUCCCUCCGUGGACGCCGUGGUGGAGUGCAACUCGAAACUGGACCCCACGAAGACCACUCUGCUCAAGAUGGCGGACUGUGGCGGCCUCCCACAGAUCUCUCAGCCAGCCAAGCUCGCUGAGGCCUUCAAGUACUUCGUGCAGGGCAUGGGAUACAUGCCCUCCGCCAGCAUGACCCGCCUGAUGAGGUCCCGCACGGCCUCUGGCUCCAGCGUCACGUCCCAGGAAGGCUCCCGCAGCCGCUCCCACACCAGCGAGGGGGCCCGCAGCCGCUCCCACACCAGCGAGGGGGCCCACCUGGACAUCACCCCCAACUCGGGGGCCAGCGGGAACAACGCCGGGCCCAAGUCCAUGGAGGUGUCCUGCUAAGCGGCCUGUGCCGGCCACCCCGGACUCAGAUCUCUGUAGAGGCCUCCCCUCCCGUUCUGCCUGCCCAGGCCUGCCACCCUGCGCUAAUGUGGUAUUAAUUCAAAGCUUAUUUUGAAAGCGUGAGCUCUGGCCUUGACAGCUUGGGUCUGUCCAGGGCCCCUUGUGGAACGAGGGUGAGGUGGCAGGGGACCAAAGGACAGUGUCAGCUCAGGGUCCUGUUUUCAUUAAUUAGGGGCCUGGUUGCCAUCCUGUUACCUGCCCUCAGAGACACCAAACUGCCAAAAGCGAGAAGCACAGAGCGGCACGCACUUCCCCCUCCUGGCUCAGCGGCCUGACGCUCUGGCCUUUUGCCAGCCCACCUACUUCCUGUUUCCUCUCCAACUGGAGCCAAGCUGACUGAGUUCCCAAAAGGAAACCAUCUCCAAUUGGGGAGGGCCAGAGCAGGGAAGUGUGGAUGCAUGUUUUAAGUACGUAAAACAGGAAGAGGGAAGACAGAGUGCAAUUGAAGUGGAACCUAGAAGCAUUUGGAAAAACAAAUCCACAUAGUCCACUUUCUUCAAAUCUGUUUUUAAAGUUGGUGCCAUUCUAUGAACUUCUGAGUGCCAGGGCACACGUGCCUGUUUUUCUGGCCUCUUUUAAUGUACCAUGAAAUCAGGCAGCAUGCUCUGCCAGCUUUACAGAAAGACGGCUUCGGCAGACAUUGGUGUCUUGCUGUUCUAAGGCUUUAGAUCUGCUGUUGGCCUCCUCCACCACCCCUACCUCCUGCCUGCAUCCUGCAGUGAAUGAUUAGCUUCCUUCAUGGGAAGAUCCUUAGAUCUGUAGUGGCAUUCUUUGAAAUGGAGGCAAACAUUGCAGCCUCUGUGCAGGGGAGCAGGGAAGGGGGCUAGGAGUGGAAUCUGGAUGAGCAGACUAAGUGCUUUCCAGGGAAUCCAACCUAAUGGUGAUUAUUUCAGUGGGCCCCACCCAUUCCUGUUUCCCAGGAAUCUUGUGUGAUUGAGUGAAAUCUGGGCUCCCCUUGUUCUCUUCUGAGGUUGACUUUGAACUUGAUAGCUGGAUGUCUCUGACCCAAGACUAUCAGUGGGUCUUCAGACACACCUUUUUGCUCCCGUGUGAGGAAUGGGAAUGUAUGUGGGUCACGGGCUGAGGGAACGUGAGGCUCCCGGGGUCUGUGGUCCAUGGGAAUGCCUUUCCCUGCCCUGCCUUCCUUCCUGCCCCUCUAACCUCCUCCUGCUCACCGGGCAGUACCACUCACACUCCUUAAGAUGCCAGCGCAGCUGUUGCAUUCCUGAACUACUGCCUUCUGAUUUCCACUUUGGCUAACCUUGGAUUUUCUUAGAGUGAGUUUGAUCAGAGUGAACCGAACACUAUGCAACAGCCACUGGGGUUUGGUGAUUCCGAGGACCCCAGAGUUGGUACAAGGAAGUAGUCAUGCCUUCUGAGUGGCCGAGAGGCAAACAUUCAGUUUACCUGCCAGCUACCACCUCGCAGGCAGGCUUCCCCUGACCUUGUGCUGAAAAGUUCAGAGACCCAGGAGAGAGUGGCUGAGUGCAGACCAGAAGCUGUUGUCCAAGUCUUUCCAGAGGAGUUUCUUAAUGAGAUAUUUGUAUUUAUUUCCAGACCAAUAAAUUUGUAACUUUGCAA